CAAACUCCAUUCACCAAUGGCUACUAGUGCCAAUCAUUCCAAACCAUCCAAAUGGCUUUCCAACAAGGCCUUCAAGCUAAGCCUCCACCGCCUUCGCCGCUCCAAGUCCGGCCCGCCGACACCUCCACCUUCCCCACAUGUCGAUCGGCCGAAGGAGUUCCACGAAGCAUUCCGGCGCUUUGAUUGCGAUGGCGAUGGUAAAAUAUCGAGUAAUGAGCUAAGGGCCUUCUUCGCAUGGGCCGGUGAGGAUAUAAACCUCGAUGAGGCCCAGCAGGUGAUCGCCGAUUUCGACUCGGACGGCGACGGGCUGAUGGACUAUGAUGACUUUGUUAGGCUGAUGGAGAGAGAUAACAAUGGAAGGGAUGAGGAUUUGAGGAGGGCGUUUGAGAUGUUUGAGUUGGAGAAGGGGUCAGGGUGCAUUACACCCAAGGGACUGCAGAGGGUGUUGAGCCGUUUAGGAGAUGUGAGAUCUAUUGAGGAGUGUGAGACCAUGAUGAAGGCUUAUGAUCUUGAUGGGGAUGGGGUGCUUGACUUCCAUGAGUUCCGCCGCAUGAUGACUUGAUGCUAUUUGAGUUCAUUGCGAGUGUUUUUUUUGGUGCAGUUGUGCUCCAAUAUUUAUAGUUAGCAUGCAUGUUUUAGUGCCAAUUUGCCUUGUAGUUGUAGUUCGGUUGUAGGUGCUAUCAAGGCUGAUAUCUUUUGUUCUCUAAUGAAUGAUGAGAAGGAGCUUAGCUUUGGUUUUCCUUU